AUGGAGCUGGAUCGCAGUGGAUCGGAGAAGGACCGGGGACACGGAUCUGGUGGAAGUCCCAGACACUGGAGUAGGUCAAAGAUGGCCGCCUCCAUGCAUCCACUCAUGGUGAGCCUCUUGGCGGUCCUCCUGGGCUUGAACUCUCUCGGCGGGCUGAACUCACGGCACUCAGGUCAAGCUUGGGCCCAGGUCGCCAUCAACAACCAGACGACAGAGCCCUCCGUGGUACCGGAGGCCGCCCUGGCGACGCCAACACCAGAACCAGCCGAGACCUCCGGGAACCGUUGCUGGGGUUACUAUGACGUCAUGGGCCAGUGGGACCCGCCCUUCAACUGUAACGCUGGUAUCUAUUUGUUCUGCUGCGGGUCCUGUUUCUACAGAUUCUGCUGCCAGUUCAAAAUCCACAGUUUGGAUCAGACGUCUUGUUCCAACUAUGACACGCCCGUCUGGGCAAACACGGGGAAACCGGUGGCGCCCGUCACAGAGGUCCACGAGGAACCGGACCGUGAUCGGACCCACAUGAUCGUGUAUAUUAUCUGUGGAGUCGUGGCCAUCAUGGUGUUGGUCGGGAUUUUCACCAAACUCGGGCUGGAGAAGAGUCAAGGGGGACAGACGGACAUGACCAACUCCAGGACUCUGACGGAGCUUCUGAAGCAGCCGGGGGAAGCAGGAAUGGUGGAUGGGACGGGAGUUCAUCAUCCCAUCGGGACCAACGGCAUCUCGGGGCGGGGGCUGCGCUCCAACAACGGUCAGUCCUUCAUGCGUGUGUCUGCGUGUGAGCUGACGUGUUGCAGCUUCUUCACAAAUCAAUCACGGCUUAGUGAGAGGAUGACGCAGAGAAGGAGCUCUGUAGUUUAGACGUGCAGCUUCAGAUCAGUUCUUUUGUUUGCAGCUUCUUUCUUUCCCCUUCA